CCUAUUUUUUUUUAGCAGACCUAGGAAUAUAAUUUUUGGGCUUGCAUGGGCCAAACAUUAAAAAAAAAAAACUAAAAAUGAAUCAGAAGCAGGAUAACAACAAACCCGCAUGUGGCACCAAAAUUAAGAAGUUUGAAUUUGAAAAAUGUGAUAAACAAUAUACUACACAAUACACAAAGUGCAACAUGAAACAGCACUUCAGAAAAAAUUUCAAGAAAAAAACUCAUCAAUGCCAUGUUUGUGGAGAGAGCUUUUCAUACAAAUGUUACCUGAAAAAACAUAUGAUUUUUCAUUCUAAAGAUAAGCCAUAUGCAUGUGACAUAUGUGAUAAACGAUUUUCCCGAGAGGACUACUUGAAAAAACAUUUACACAUCCAUUCAGAUAAUAGACAUUACGAGAUAUGUGAAAUCUGUGGGGAAAAAACUACCACUGUCGCUAUCCUCAAGGAUCAUAUAUUAGCUCAUAUCGGCGCUAAGAUGCAUGAGUGUAAAAUAUGCAAAAAGAAAUUUGCCACUACAAGUAGCUUGAAACAGCAUUCAAUAAAUCAUUCUGGAGAAAAGCCGUUUGCAUGUGAGGUAUGUGGAAAGAGAUUUAAUUGUCAAAGUAACCAUAAAAGGCAUUUGAAAAUCCACUUGGACCAAAGAAAACAUAAAUGCGAAAUAUGUGCAAAGACAUUUAAGUCAGAGAGCAUUCUGAAAUUGCAUUUGGGAACUCAUAUUCAAAACAAGAGAUAUCAGUGUGAAAUCUGUGCCAAAUAUUUAUCUGGAACCCGCAACCUAAAACGCCAUAUGGUCAUUCAUACAAUAGAAAGGAGUUAUAAAUGUCAACUGUGUAAUAAAACAUUCAAGCGACCUUAUGAUGUGCAAAUUCACUGGCGUGUCCACACUGGCGUAAAGAACCAUGAGUGCAAUAUCUGUGCAAAGAAAUUUAGUGAUUUGAGUGGAGUAAAAAGACACAUGAUAACUCACUCAAAGAAAAAGAAUUUCUCAUGUGCUGUUUGUGCUAAAGCAUUCAAGCGACCUGAAGGUGUGCGAGUUCACAUGCGUAUUCAUAAUGCCCAAAAAAUUGAAUAUAUUCUGCCUUUUGAACAAAUUGUAGAAUACAAUUUGGUAAAUCUCAAGUCAAUGUCAUCCUGGUGCUUAGUCAGCAAUGGGUCCCAGGGUCUCAGCGCAGAAUAUUUUUGGGAGGGAAGCUUUUCAGAUUAUUUGAAAAUAAAACUUACCAUAAGUAUGAAUGAUGUAUUACCUUCUAAAGAAAUUAAGUGUGAAAUAUGUGGAAAACAAUUCGGUACAAAAGGCAACAUGAAACAACAUCUGAGAAAACAUUUGGAGAAAAAAUCUCAUGAAUGUAGCAUUUGUAAAAAGACCUUCAUGUACAAAUGCUAUCUGGAGAAUCAUAUGGUUGCUCAUUCGAAAGAAAAACCAUAUGAAUGUCAGGUUUGUGGUAAGAGAUUUACCAGAUCGGGCAGUUUAAGAAAACAUUCCCAAAUUCAUUCAGAAAACAGAAAUUUAAAAACUUGUGAAAUCUGUGGAAAGGAACUCCCAGGUGAACGUUUUGAGUCACACAUGAUGAAUCACAUUGGAAUCAAAAAGCACCACUGCGAUAUAUGCAAGAAAAAUUUCUCUCUUUUAUCCAGUUUGAAAGAACAUUCAAGAAUUCAUACGAAAGAAAAACCAUAUGCAUGUGAAAUAUGUGGGAAGAGGUUUGCCUAUAGGAGCAAUCACAGGAGACAUUUGAAAACCCAUCAACAUCGAAAAAAUUUUAAAUGUGAAAUAUGCUCAAAGGCAUUUGGUUUGAAGAGCAGUCUUCAACUUCACAUGAGAACACACAUUCUUGACAAGAGAUAUCAAUGUGAUAUAUGUGGAAAAUACUUGACUAGUACCCAAAGUUUAAAACGCCAUCAAGUAAUACAUAGUGAAGAAAGAAAUUAUAAAUGUCCAUUGUGUGACAAAUCAUUUAAGCGAUCUUACGAUGUGCAAAUGCACUCAAGCGUCCAUACUAGAAUAAAAAACCAUUCAUGUAUGUUUUGUGAAAAGAAAUUCAGUAUUUCUGGGAAUUUGAAAAGGCACAUGCUAGUGCACAGACACAAAAUAUUUCAUAUUUUUAGCAGGACUAUUGAUAAAUUUUAUAUUAAUAAUUUGGGCCUACAUGAGCCAAACAUUUGGAAUAGAGAAAACUCAAAUAUGAAUCUGAAGGAGCAUAAUAAAGAUACAAAGUUUGAUUGUGAAGUAUGUGGAAAACAAUACACCACGAAAGGCAACAUGACACAGCAUUUAAGAAAACAUUUUGAGGAAAAGUCUCAUCAAUGCAAUGUUUGUGGAAAAAGCUUCAUAUUCAAAUGUUACCUGGAGAAACAUAUGAUUGUUCAUUCCGAUGAAAAGCCAUAUGUAUGUGAAAUAUGUGAUAAACGAUUUACACGAGUGAACAACAUGAAAAAACAUUUACUCAUCCAUUCGGAUAAUAGGCAUUAUGAAGUAUGUGAAAUCUGCGGAAAGAAAAGUACUACAGUUACGCAUCUAAAGGAUCAUAUGUUAACUCAUAUUGGCGGCAAAACGUAUGAAUGUCAAAUAUGCAAAAAGAAAUUUGCCUCCGUAGCUAGCUUGAAACAACAUUCAAUGAAUCAUUUGGAAGAAAAGCCGUUUGCGUGUGAGGUAUGUGGGAGGAGAUUUAAUUCUCAAGGCAACCAUAAAAGGCAUUUGAAAAUCCACUCAGAUCGAACAAAACAUAAAUGCGAAAUAUGUACAAAGACAUUUAAGUGGGAGAGCAGUCUGAAAUUGCAUUUGGGAACUCAUAUUCAGGAUAAGAGAUACCAGUGUGAAAUCUGUGCUAAAUAUUUAACUGGAACCUCCAGCUUAAAACGCCACAUGGUCGUUCAUACUAUGGAAAGGAAUUAUAAAUGUCAGUUGUGUGAUAAAACGUUCAAGCGACCUUAUGAUGUGCAAAUUCACUGGCGCGUCCACACUGGCGUAAAAAAUUAUGAAUGUGAAAUCUGUGCAAAGAAAUUUAGUGAUUCGAGCGGAGUGAAAAGACACAUGGUGACUCACUCAAAAGAAAAGAAAUUCUCAUGUGCUGUUUGUGCCAAAGCAUUCAAGCAACCAUCAGAUGUGCGAGUUCACAUGCGUAUUCAUACUCAUAAUGCCCCAAAAAAAUAAGAUUCAAAUAUAUUCUGGUAAAAAUGCGAGAUUUAUGUUCACACGUCUGAUUAGUUAUUCGAUUUUACAUAUGUAUCCGUGUGAUACCUAUGUACAAAUGUGAUAAUUUGGUACACUAAGGUUGGGUUCUACAUAACUAUGUAGUACUAUUUUUUUCAUUCUACAUCAAUGGUCGCUGUAAACAAAACAAAUAGGAAUUAAACAUAUAUACUGGUACAAAUCACAGAUUAUUAUUCGCAUGUGUAAUUAGUUAUUCAAUUUGACAUAUGUAUCUGUGUAGUACCUAUGUACAAAUAGGAUACUCAAGUAUACUAAUGUAUUAGGAUUUACAUAUCUAUAUAUUACCAAUUUUCCCUUUCUACGUUAGUGAUGCCUGUGAACAAUGCAAAAGCAUCAUUUGUGUUCAAUAAAUGGCGAUCAUUUUGCUCAUUAAUAUUCUGGCAGCUUGGAAUCUGUAACAACCUGAGGAAAGGUUAUGAGAUAUCUCAGUUACUCGUUUCAAGUAGGCAUGGAUGGUAAGUCAAAAAACGUGCAGUUGUGUGUGACCCAAGUCUCAUAUGCUGAUUCAUGUGGGCACAAAGAGGUGUAUAUGAAAUACAAAAUUUGGCAUGUUGUUUUACAUCAUUCAAGCACUCGUACAUUAAAAAAGCCAUAUACAUGUGGGAUAGGUAGCAAGUCAUAGGGAUAAUAUCAAGAGACAUUAAAAAUCAUCAAAGAUAGUAUGCUCAGGAGAACAAUUUCAACUGCGCUUGUGCUGUAUGGAACAACUAAAAACAUAAAACAUUUUUAUUGCGAUACCAUAAUAUCUCGUAUACCAUUGAGAGUCUGAUAUGUUCCUAAUUGCGUAGAAACUCCUGAGAAGGGAAACCCUUACAACACCACAAGGUACAACAAGAUUAUUAUAGUUCACUUUAUUGUAAACAGUACUUGUAAAUAUUGAAGGUAAAAUUUAUCAAUUUUUUAUAAUAAAACUAUUGCUAACAGUGAUUAUAUUAUGUACAAUGAAAUGGAAAAAGAAAUAAAGUUGAUGUUUUACAAGGAUUGUAUAGUUCGAAAGGGUUGAAUUAUAUUCAACGGCCAAUAUUGACAUAUACAGGGAAGAUAAAAUUAAAAAAAAUGAAUUAAAGUGACAGACAUCUUAAUGAUAUUUAGAAAGUGUUGAAUUUUAUUCUAAAUUGAUAUCCAACACUCACAUAAACAGCAAAAAUUAAACUUAUGACCACUAAAAGACUUAUAUUAAAAAACAGAAAACAUAUAGGUGGUAUUAUAAUUAUAUAUAUUUAAAAACAUAUUCUAAAAAUAGGUAGUAUAAUUAUAUAGGCAGAAUAACAAACUACUCCCUAACACCUC